AUGAUAGGAAAUGGCCAAUGGAUGAAUAAUUUGAACAGUUUAUUGGACCCAACAGGCAGCAACUGCCUUUGUUGUUUGAGGGCCUUUAGAGAUGUACCCAAUGGCAUACGGUAUGUGUACCAAAGUUGUGGCCAUGGUUGGAGAUGUGAAGAUUGUGCUUUCCUUCGUCCAGACAACUGUGAAGUUUGUGAUGACACCGUUGAUGAUGUCAUCCAAAUAUUUAUUUGUUAA